GUCAAUGUCUUAAGAGAACACCACAUCACAUCUGAAGGCCUGUAUACAAAACUGUACAUCGAUGUAGAGAUCUGCCCAAGAGAGAGAACUGACUGUAACCAAUUCCAUGCGAAGUUCAAAAAAUUUUAAACAGCAACACUUAAGUUCGACAACAAACAGUCAUUUUAAUAUUUGUCCGAGUUAACACCAAACAACAGCUUGAGGUAAAACCUCGCCGCGUAAACCUAUCGCUAUAAAGGCAUCGAUGCACGUGCACAUCUGUCAUUACUUUUUGACUCCCAGCCAAACAUGGCAGACAUAGACGCCACCAACCCUUACGAUCUUCAAGACAAAUCGGAGGAUGACAAGCCAGAGGACACAGAAGGUGAACUGACGAUUGUAGGCACAGAUUACUCGUAUACCCACAGAAUAAUAUGGCCGAUUGUUAUGGUAUACGUUGUCAUGCACAUUGGAGCGAUCACUGGACUACUUUUGGUGUUGGGAGGAAAUGUAAAAAUCGCGUCGAUAAUUUGGGCCGUCUUCUACUCGCUGGUGGCGACUGAAGGAGCGCACAUGGGGGCCCACCGCUGCUUCUCCCAUAGAGCCUUCAAGGCUAAGCCUUUGCUCAAAGUGAUACUGCUCAUCAUGCAAACCAUUUCUGGACAGCAUUCCACCUACAUCUGGUGCCGCGACCACCGCCAGCACCACCGGUACUCAGACACGGAUGGAGACCCUCACAACUCCAAGAGAGGCAUGUUCUACUGCCACGUGGGCUGGUUGAUGACCAGCAGACACCCGCUCUGUAAGAAGCUGAGGAAGACCAUCGAUAUGAGCGACUUGCAGCAGGAUCCAUUGGUGAUGUUCCAGUAUAGAUACUUCCGAUCGCUGUUCUUCACCUUCGGCUUCCUCCUUCCAGUCUGGGUGCCGAUGCACUUCUUCCAAGAGUCGUUCACGAACGCGGUCUUCGUGUGUUUCUUCCUGCGUUACGUGUACGCGUUACACGUUACGUACUUUAUCAACAGCCUGGCGCAUAAGUACGGGACUAGGCCGUACGAUAAAACAAUCCAACCGGUCGAGACCUGGUUCGUAUCUCUACUGAGCCUGGGCGAGGGCUGGCACAACUACCACCACGCGUACCCCUGGGACUACAAGGCGGCCGAGAUCGGGAUGCCGCUCAACUCCACAGCCAGCCUCAUCAGGCUGUGUGCUUCUCUGGGACUGGCGUACGAUCUGAAGUCUGUCGACCCUGAGACGGUGGGUAACUUGAAACUGUUAGGCUUAAGUUUGGCAAUAACUUUGCAUCCUAAAAACCAAUCAACUCCACCGCCAGCCUCAUCAGACUGUGUGCUUCUCUUGGACUGGCGUACGAUCUGAAGUCUGUCGACCCUGAGACGGUA